GUAGCACUUGUUUAAGUCUUGGAUUUACUGUAUUAAGUCUGAUCCCGUUCCUUGGCCCCUACCUUAUCUAUCUUCUUUCUCUUUUCUUCUCUUCUUCCUUACUAUUUCCUUUGUAUUCAAAACAUGUAACAUCUGAAUUGUCAAGUGGUUCGUUCCUCUUCUCCAAUCCAUCUCUAUAUCAUCUUUUCCCUUAUAAAUGCUGUGACCAUAGCAUCCCCAGUAGGACUGAAUGAUUAAGUAAGCCAUGCAUGUAAGAGUCGCUUUGUCAAUGAUAAUGGAUACGCGAAGGAACAAAGCCUCACUUCUGGCUCUAUCUCCACAUCGAUGAAGGAGAGGAGUACCAUAGUUUAGGGGCUAGGCAACCCUUGGGGCUGGAUUGACUCUGGCGGAUAAAGCUCGAGAAGCACCAACAAUCAAAUCCUAAACCUAGUGUUUACUUGCGGUGACAAAUCCUAAACCUAAUGUUUACUUGCGGUGAUUGGAUCCAUAGCUUAAUGGUAAAAGCGACCAACUCCACAUUGGUCCAAAAGAAUAUAGAGGGUUCGAUUCCUGCUGGAUCCAAAAAGGCCAAAUUCCACGUUCCAUUAGUGUAUUUGAAUUGGCUUGGCUCUCCGUUCCAUUAGUUUAUUUGAAUUGGCUCUCUAUCAAUGGCCAUACUGAAUGAAUUGGUAACAUCAUAUCAAUACCAACAAAUAUGAACUCUGAGUCAUAACUCUCCAUUCUUAUCAAUACUGAUGGAACUCAUGGAUGAGGGGUCUUAUAGUAUGAACGAGAAUUCGCUGUUUUUACAGAAAACAAAGUCGGAGGGGGAAGAAUAAAUAGACACAUAUCAUCUUAUAGAGAGAAAGAAGCACAAAAAGCGAAAUACUUAAGAAAAAGGCCAGACUCCACUCACAUAUCAUCUUAUGGAGAGAAAGAAGCACAAAAAGCGAAAUACUUAAGAAAAAGGCCAGACUCCACUCACUCUUAUACUUGACUUCUACCCUGAGCACUGGCAAGGUAUCUGUAGACACAGUAACGUGAAAUCCAAUCCACGACGGAAUUCUAUCUAUGUAUGGGCAGCAAGCAUCAUAGUAGUAUUGUAUCGGUCGUAAUGCCAGAGCAGAGGAAUAAUUCCCGCAAGGCAACGAAGGGGACGAGCUUGGGUUGAAGCAUGAUGGAAUUCAGUCCUAUCCUCAAUUUAUGAGUUACAAAUCAAGUCUUACGGGUUGGUUGGUCCGAUCGAUUGUUGUAGCUCCUGGUCCUUUAAGAAUAUAGAGACAGAGAUUUCAGCCUACAGCGGCACCCUCCCUGAGUAAUAGCCGACUUGGACAACUACUCGGGACUCCCUACGCGUCGACUAGGCUUAUAAGAAUAGGCUCCCCUCACAAAUAAUGGGCUAACAUUAUAAGAAUGGGCUCCCCUCACAAAUAAUGGGGUUGAAUAAGCUUUUAAAUGAGCUCUACAACAAAGGCCGGCACGAUGGAAAGCGGAUUUCUCUUUUAUAUAAUGUUAACAAUUUCAACAAAAUAAGAAAUUGGGAAUUCUAUCGGGAUGAGGUUGAAUUAUACUAUUAUGGAUCGCGGGGUGGGGAAGAGGAAUCGACGAAGAAUCCAGGAAAGAGCCGUGAAGGAAAAGCGUGACGAGUCAAUUCUUGUCUUGCUUGAAAUGUUAGAAGGAGCUAAAUCAAUAGGUGCCGGAGCUGCUACAAUUGCUUCAGCCGGAGCUGCUGUCGGUAUUGGAAACGUCCUCAGUUCCUCGAUCAAUUCUGUGGCGCGAAAUCCAUCAUUGGCUAAACAAUUAUUUGGUUAUGCCAUUUUGGGCUUUGCUCUCACCGAAGCUAUUGCAUCGUUUGCCCUAAUGAUGGCCUUUCUGAUCUCAUUCGUAUUCCGAUCGCAAAAACAAUGUCUUUGGUGAUAUUUGGAUUUAGUAGGAGCUAGAGAUUGUAGAAUUUUCGAAUAUUAGAGUGGUGGGUGGGUGGU